AUGAAGAUGAAAAUGAGCAGUGCCGCUGGCGUGCCGGCAGCACAAUCAACUCCGCUCACCACCGCCGCCGGCAAGGCACAGACCUCCGGUGGCAGUGUUCAACAGGGCAAUGCGCCCCCUGUUGGCAAGGUGUCGAUUCGCAGCUUCAUGCCUUUCGGCGCCAGUGCCGUACCUCCCACGAACUUCAAGGUGGAGACCAGGGUUCCCACAGGGCUUGUGUUGGUUCCUCCGCGCGUCAAGCUCCCCAAGCACGCCUCCAAGAGCAUGGCCGAGCCGGGCCACUCGCACUCCUUCUCGCUCUAUACGAAGCCGUCCAGCUUGUCCUGGAUGUCGACCAAUCAACGAGCUGAAUUCAUGCACGACAUAAACAAGCGCCCGCCCGUGGUUGCGACGCUUGGUGAGGCUGAACCGCAGAGCAUGCCCCCGGGUGCAGCCUACGUCAUCAGCGCAACCUGCCAGGGAAAUUAUGCCCUGCUGUCCGAAGAGAUGAUUCUGCAUAUUGCCUCGAAAUUUGUUCUGGCGACACGGUUUGAUCUCGUCGGUGAGAAAACAACCUCGUUUGCCGCACUGCAGCUCGCUGUGAGAGACGUCAUCGCGGGCAACGUGGAGGAUCUGUGCUAUCGCGAUCGUCGCCGCAGUGGGCUCAAGUUCAAGAGACUCUGGGCUUAG